AUGUCUCCACAAAGUGUACCUCUUUCACUUUUCAUCAUAGUCUUUGUCUCAUUUGGCUUGUGUCUUGGCUCUCCCCUAGAGGACACAUAUCAUCUAACAAACUAUCAACAUUACUCUAGGCCAGGGAGGUUGAUGAAGCAAAAUCAUCAACAUUUUGGUACCAUGCAAAAGGGUCAUGGAUCAACCCAAUCUACAAUGCCUCACAAAACGGUUAAUGUUGAUGACUAUGGAGCCAAAGCUUAUAAUGGAAGUGAUGACACUCAGGCAUUUGAGAAGGCUUGGAAUGAGGCAUGUUCUAAAGGGGGUGUUCUUGUAGUCCCUGAAAAAAAGGUCUAUCAUUUAAAGCCAAUAAUUUUUUCAGGACCAUGCCAACCCAAAACUUCCUUCAUGGUCUAUGGAACAAUCAAAGCAUGGCCUAAAUUGUCAGCAUAUGAAGAUGAUAGACGACUCUGGAUUAGGUUUGAAAACGUCACGAAUCUCAGAGUUGAUGGUGGUGGCACUAUCAAUGGCAACGGGAGAAAAUGGUGGGAUAGCUCAUGCAAAACUAACCAAAGCCUUCCGUGCAAAGGGGCGCCAACAGCUGUGACUUUCUAUGAAUGUAACAACUUGACUGUGACAAACCUAAGGUUAAAAAAUGCACAGCAAAUGCAUGUAAGGUUUCAAAGCUGCAACAAUGUUAUAGCUUCCAAUUUGAUCGUAAGAGCACCAGGGGACAGCCCAAACACAGAUGGAAUUCACGUCACCGAUACACAGAACAUUAUCAUAAGCAACAGUAUAAUUGGGACAGGCGAUGAUUGUAUUUCCAUAGUAAGUGGCUCCCAAAAUGUUCGAGCUACAAACAUCAAAUGUGGACCAGGACAUGGAAUAAGCAUUGGAAGCUUAGGAGCUGGUAACUCAGAAGCAGAAGUCUCUAAUGUGUUGGUAAACAAAGCCAUCUUAGCAGGAACUACUAAUGGAGUUAGGAUAAAGACAUGGCAGGGAGGUUCUGGCUUUGCAAAAAACAUCAAAUUUCUGAAUAUAGCAAUGCGAAAUGUGACUAAUCCCAUAAUCAUAGAUCAAAACUACUGUGACCAGGAAAAACCAUGCAAAGAGAAGGAUUCAGCAGUGCAAUUGAGCAACAUUGUGUACCAGAACAUUAGAGGAACAAGUGCAUCAGAAAUUGCAGUGGCACUUAACUGCAGCAAAAGCAUUCCUUGCCAAGGAAUAUACUUACAAGAUGUGAUUUUAACACCACAAGACAGUGGCAGAACCAUUGCUUCAUGUGAAAAUGUAAAAUAUGUCCAAAGGGGAAAGUUUUUUCCUCAAUGUUAUUCUCGAACAAAGAAGGAAGCAUGA